GGAAGAACUCGAGAAAACCAGCGUAUUAUAAUGCUGGCAGACCUGCCAGGUGCGUAGACGGUUGGAUAUAGAUUCUAAAAGCCGCGUUAUAGCACAAGGCUCUCGUGUAUGAGAUUGAAGACGAAUCCUCAAACCUUGAUGAGAUGCCCUUGAUGAUGUCAGAGGAAGCUUUUGAAAACGAUGAAAGUGACUAUCAGACACUGCCCAGAGCCAGAGUAGGUCAGAGACGGAGAGGAUUGGCCUGGUUCCUCUGUGGUGGAUGGAAGGUCCUGUGCAGCAGCUGUUGCGAAUGUCUGGUUCACACAUGUCGCAGGAAGAAGGAGCUAAAGGCUCGGACAGUCUGGCUUGGACAUCCCGAGAAAUGUGAAGAGAAGUACCCCAAAAAUGCCAUCAAGAACCAGAAAUACAACAUCGUCACUUUUGUGCCAGGGGUUCUCUACCAGCAAUUUAAGUUCUUCCUCAACCUGUAUUUUCUGGUGGUGGCUUGUUCUCAGUUUGUCCCAUCGUUGAAGAUCGGAUAUUUGUAUACCUACUGGGCCCCGUUGGCUUUUGUGUUGUCCGUCACCAUGGUGAGAGAAGCAGUUGACGAAGUUCGGCGAUGCAGGAGAGAUAAAGAGAUGAACUCGCAGCUGUACAGUAAACUUACAAUGAGAGGGAAGGUUCAAGUCAAGAGCUCAGACAUACAGGUCGGAGAUUUAAUCAUUGUGGAAAAGAAUCAGAGAAUUCCUGCUGAUAUGAUUUUCCUGAGAACUUCUGAGAAGACCGGGUCGUGUUUUAUCAGAACAGAUCAGCUGGAUGGAGAGACGGACUGGAAACUGAGAGUCGCUGUUCCUUGCACUCAGAGACUAUCUGCUUUAGGGGAUCUCUUUUCCAUCAGCGCUUACGUUUACGCCCAGAAGCCCCAACUGGACAUUCACAGUUUUGAAGGAAACUUCACAAGGGAGGACUGCGACCCUCCCAUCCACGAGAGCUUGAGCAUCGAGAACACGCUGUGGGCCAGCACCGUGGUGGCAUCCGGUACUGUCAUAGGUGUAGUGAUAUACACCGGGAAAGAGACCAGAAGUGUGCUUAAUACUUCGCAGUCUAAAAACAAGGUGGGGCUGCUGGACCUUGAGUUAAACCGCCUGACGAAAGCUCUGUUCCUUGCUCAGGUGGUUCUGUCUGUUGUUAUGGUCGCUCUGCAGGGAUUUCUAGGGCCUUGGUUUCGUAACCUCUUCCGUUUCGUGGUUCUGUUCUCGUACAUCAUCCCCAUCAGUCUGAGAGUAAAUCUGGACAUGGGGAAGUCAGCAUAUGGAUGGAUGAUAAUGAAGGAUGAGAAUAUUCCUGGUACUGUGGUCCGAACAAGCACCAUACCAGAGGAGCUUGGACGACUGGUAUACCUUCUCACAGACAAAACGGGCACUCUAACGCAGAAUGAAAUGGUAUUCAAACGCCUCCAUCUCGGUACCGUCUCGUACGGAAUGGACACCAUGGACGAAAUCCAGAGUCACAUCAUACAGUCCUAUGCUCAGGUGAGCACGACACAAUCCAACGGCAGUAGCGAGAGCUCCACGCCCUCCCGUAAGCCUCAGCCACCUGCGCCGAAGGUCCGGAAGAGCGUGAGCAGUCGGAUCCACGAAGCAGUGAAAGCCAUUGCUCUCUGCCACAACGUCACGCCGGUGUACGAGUCCCGAUCUAACGGUGCCAGCUCUGAGCCAGAGAGCACAGAGGCCGACCAGGACUUCAGCGACGACAACCGAACUUAUCAAGCCUCUAGUCCUGAUGAGGUGACCCUCGUGCGUUGGACAGAAAGUGUUGGUUUGACUCUAGUGAACAGAGACCUGACAUCCCUCCAGCUGAAGACCCCAGCUGGACACAUCCUGACAUACUACAUCCUCCAAAUCUUCCCAUUUACCUCUGAGAGCAAACGCAUGGGCAUCAUCGUCAGGGAGGAGGCUACCGGUGACAUCACGUUUUACAUGAAAGGGGCCGAUGUUGCCAUGGCGAGCAUUGUACAGUACAAUGAUUGGUUGGAGGAGGAGUGUGGGAACAUGGCCAGAGAAGGACUGCGGACGCUGGUGGUGGCCAAGAAAUCACUGACUGAAGAGCAGUACCAAGACUUUGAGAGUCGGUAUAACCAGGCGAAGCUGAGUAUUCAUGAUCGCGCUCUGAAGGUGGCAGCAGUGGUGGAGAGUCUGGAGAGAGAGAUGGAGCUUCUCUGUCUCACUGGGGUGGAGGAUCAGCUUCAGGUUGAUGUCAGGCCCACGCUGGAGCUCCUCCGCAACGCUGGGAUCAAGAUUUGGAUGUUAACAGGAGACAAACUUGAAACUGCUACAUGUAUCGCCAAAAGCUCCCGUUUAGUGUCCAGAAGUCAAGAUAUCCACGUCUUUAGACCGGUGUCCAAUCGUGGUGAGGCUCAUUUAGAGCUGAACGCCUUCAGGAGGAAACACGACUGUGCCCUGGUCAUCUCCGGAGACUCUCUGGAGGUGUGUCUACGAUACUAUGAGCAUGAGUUUGUGGAGUUGGCGUGUCAAUGUCCCGCUGUGGUUUGCUGUCGCUGCUCUCCCACGCAGAAAGCUCAGAUUGUUCGAUUGCUUCAACAACACACGGCCAACAGAACAUGUGCCAUAGGUGAUGGAGGAAAUGAUGUCAGCAUGAUCCAGGCAGCAGACUGUGGUAUCGGUAUUGAAGGGAAGGAGGGAAGACAGGCGUCCCUUGCUGCAGAUUUCUCCAUAACCCAGUUCAAGCACAUCGGCAGGUUGCUGAUGGUACACGGCCGCAACAGCUACAAACGCUCGGCGGCUCUCGGCCAGUUCGUCAUGCACCGCGGCAUGAUCAUCUCCACCAUGCAGGCUGUGUUCUCAUCCAUCUUCUACUUUGCAUCUGUUCCUCUGUAUCAAGGAUUCCUCAUGGUUGGUUAUGCCACCAUCUACACCAUGUUCCCUGUCUUUUCUCUGGUGUUGGACCAGGAUGUCAAACCUGAGAUGGCUCUGCUCUAUCCUGAGCUCUAUAAAGACCUCACCAAGGGCCGCUCCCUGUCCUUUAAGACCUUCCUGCUUUGGGUUUUGAUAAGUGUAUAUCAAGGGGGCAUCCUGAUGUACGGUGCCCUGGUGUUGUUUGAUCAGGAGUUUGUGCAUGUGGUGGCGAUCUCCUUCACUGCCCUCAUCCUCACCGAGCUGCUCAUGGUGGCGCUCACGGUUCGCACCUGGCAUUGGCUCAUGGUGGUGGCUGAACUCUUCAGUCUCGCCUGCUACCUCGCCUCCCUCGCCUUCCUCAAUGAAUACUUUGGCAUAGGUCGUGUGACCUUAGGAGCUUUCCUGGAUCUUUCGUUCAUCACGACGCGGGUGUUCUUAUGGAAGGUGUGCGUCAUCACGCUGGUCAGCUGUCUGCCUCUCUACAUCAUCAAAUAUCUGAAGCGGAAGUUCUCGCCUCCCAGUUACUCCAAACUCUCCUCUUAAACUUUCCAGUAUUCACACGGUGCCAAAAGGCAUGUGAUUGCAUUUAUAAGCACAGGUCAUGGCUACAUCAAACUCUUUAGAACAGAAAUGAUGCUCGGCUUCGUAACGCUGGGUGUGAUGUAACCUCUCAGUCAUGAAGUGUUAUAUCUGCUUGAUGAUGCUGUUUAUAUUUGCUUAUGAAUGCUAAUUUCAUGGCAUGAUGUGGUGCAUAUAUGUAUGACUACUAUGUAUAUUUCUGUACAAAGAUGCUGCAGAGGGGGAUAGUUUAGAGGAAGUUGGUGAGUAGUAUUGAGUACUUGAAAAGCACAAAAAACACCCAAGAUGAAAGAGAAAACAACCAGAUAGUUGUUGUGGGGACACACUGGAAUGACGGGCUUAUUGUGAAUAAUUCACACAGAAAUGAAAAUCCUCACAUGCAGAAUUUUCACUUUGUGGUGAACCAUCCCUUUAAAUGAAGGCUAAUAUUUUUUAUUGAUUGAUUUUAAUAUUUUUAUGAACGAGAUCAAGUGAAUUUUCGAUUAUUCACUUCAUUCAUUAUUCACUAGUGUUGUUGUGUAUGAUCGCACCCGUCAGCACUUUCUUCAUUUUUGGGCACUUAUUUUGUAUUAAAGAGAUGGGUGGGGGUGUGGCUUUAUAAAUAGCCAUGUUGUGAUUGGAGGGCUGAUCUUGCGUUAAUGUCGCGUACUGAAGUUGAGUUUGGACAGCUCUGCAGAUCGUUGUGUAACUGUAACAACACAGUAUUUGUUCUGCGAACAAUCGACUCUUAGCUUUGACCUCUAAAUGUAUUAUCAUGACAUUUGACUUGUCAAAUUUGUAACCAUUUGAUACAGUGAGCUAUUUCAUAUUUUUAAGUGGUAAAUUGAACGAUGCGUGAUAUGUUAAUGAUUGUUUCAUCAGUUACGUUGUAACUCUGCGUUAGACUGUCGCAUCUUCAACGCAUUCAUGUGAAUCAGCGCAUGAAUGUAGUAUUUUCGGUGGAUUGCUGUUAUAUAUUAUUGACUUUUAUAAGAUCGCAAAUAGUGUUUGUUUAAUACAUAAACAUGUACAAAGCUGCUUAUGCUGCAAUUUUUGGAAUACUGAUAUGGAUGUAUGGCAUUCAUUUGCCAGUUUUGUCAUAGCCGAUUCAAGACGACAAUUUCAUUUAUAUAGACAAUGACACCCUACAAUCAAAAAUUAUUUUGGCGGUCACAAUUGACGUACAGAAAAACUGCGCUGCACUAUUUCCCCCCAGUAACUGUACUGACGCCUGAAGCUGGGUUUAUAAUGUACAAGAUCAUUUGCCUUACCUUUAUAAAGCAGUCAGCUGGUAUGAGGAAUGAGUUUUAUCAUUCACAUUUUUUUCUAUACUGUGUUGGUGUGUGUAUUUACAAUACUGAACGAGACAAUGCCAGGCACAUACGUCACACAUGCUGUUAUUUUCUUUCAGCUUAUAACUGGGUUUAUUUUCUUGUGAAAAAAAGUUGAGUUGUUCUCAACUCAGGAAAAUAACCAACUACAUUUUUCAUGUACUGUAUAUAAAAGCUUAAAUUAACCCUGUGAGAGUCUAACAACAAUAGCUUAUUUAUUUUUGUGUUUAGUUAUUAAUUGUGCACUCUUUUUCUACUAUAAUAUUACUUAUAUGUGAUCUUUUGGUAGUAUUGUUACUGCGGCUGACCACUGCUUAUACUCUAAAUGUUAUCAGCAUUACAGUUUCAGCAGUAUCAUUUUAAUAAUCUUGAUGUUUAAUUAAAAAGCAAUAUGUUUCCAGAUGGUCUGGAAAGAGGUGUGAAUAUUUUUGUUUUACAGGUUGGUGAAGGCAUAAUGUGUGCGGCAAUUUCUGGAAAUAUGGACAAUUGUUGUCCAUAGAAAAUGCUGUGUUUAAUACUUUGAGAGAGUACUGAUUUUGCCCUGUCCCACCAAAAUGUUUGGCAUCUGUUCAAUUGGUAUUCAGUUCAUUGUAGUAACCAGUAUUUUUUAGUAAAUCAUUUUAUUCCCAAUCAUUUUAUAUUAAGCUACCACACAUUUUAUUCUGUUACCUGCAGCAUGCCCAUUACAACAUUUAAUUUUUAAGGUUACUAAACAUAAUUUAAAACGGUCUAAAACUCAAUUAAAAAUAAAUAGGAAAACAAAGCGUAAAGUCUAAUAUUUAGCUUGACAUUCUAAAAUAGAUGACCAUCAUCCCCUUUCAAAAUGAUGCUGGCAACUACGUGACUACUAGAAUACAUUGAAGGGCACACAUCGUGAUGAGUAGUAUCAUGUUAGUAUUGCUUAUAACCACUAGAGGGCGGCAUUUGCACAGCAUUUCCCAUUCCUUAAACCAAUACUCUGGGUAAAAUGUAUCUACAUGUAAAACUAUGGUUGCUUAUCAAAAAUAAGCUGUCAGACUCUUAUGGUUUUAAAAACACUGACUAAAGGUCGAUCUUUGGUCGAUGGUUUUUAAUCAUUUAUGUAAUUUGCAAUUAUUGUUCCAGUUGAAAUUGUAUGCUGCUUAAACUCUGUAUUUUUAUUUGCUUUGCUUUAGUUUUUGCUCUCUGCUUGUUCACUCUCAGCAGACUGUAAAGUAUAUGAUAACAUUAAUAAUUUGCACCAAUACAAAUCAUAAAAGGAUUUCGGAAAACUGCAUCAACCAUUAUUGUAAUUUUUUUUAAGAAAUUAUAUUGACGUUCACAAGGGCGUGUAGUAAGGGAUUUUACCCAUAGCUGUACACUUCAAGUUCAAAGUUUAGGCACACUUAACUGAUUUAAGUCCAAAAAAACUAACGGUCCGAGUUAAUUCAUUAAUUUAUUAGCUAAACUAAAAUAAUGUAAUAUAUAAUGUUAUUCUUUUUAAGAUAGAUAAAUUGCACCAGGGAGAUACAGCUGUACAUUUAAUGGGGGCUAUUCUGCAGAAGCUAAAAAUAAGAACAACAUGAACUAACAAUAGUCGGAUUCAAUCUUUUUGUGAUUGCAUGAUUGCUCUUCAUUCAUUUCAUAGAAAAUAUUACUCUUAUUUUACAAUGUAGAAAAUAAUAAAUCAGAAUUAAGCUGGUGUGUCCAAAGUUUUGGCUGGUAAUGUACUGAAAAAUCACCCUUAAAAAAACAUUUGCAGAGAUUUGUUAUCGACCCCCUCCCCCCUCAUCUUUCUCCACCCGUCCUCACCCACACAUGCUGCACAGAUCAGGAAAUGUGUGUUUUACAGAGACCCUGUGCUUGAUGUGAUGGUCCACUGGCCCCGGCGUGCCAGGAAGUGUCUUUUAUCUUAUCUCCUUUUCUCUCUGCCUCCCUUCCCCUUUUUCUCUCUAUCGCUCCAUCUACCUUUGUACGUCAAAAAAUGCUCCCUGGCCUUAUAAACAGAUAAAAGCACAAUCCUGCAUUGUCAGCGAUGGCUUAAAACGACUGUAAUGUUCAGCACGUGCCCUAUAGGGCCUCCGCCCUUUGAUGUGUUUGUACGCCAGACAUGUUGCAGAGAUUGUAGGGCAUUUCUGUUUUUUUAUCGGCCACAUGUUGUGCACAACACGCGUCAUACUGUUUUUCUACCAUCUCAAGUGUAUCUGUUUUUCCAAAGCAUUGUGUUUCCUGUAGGUGGACACAGAUUGGGAUACGCCCUUAGCUAAGCACUUUCUUACUGUAGAUUAAAAAUGUUCAGCUGUCCACUUCAGCAGUUUUUUUAUCAUCCUAUAUGUCCUUCAACAAGGUUCGUAUGAAUUCAGCAUACAAGAAUACUUAUGUUUGUAUUAGAUGAUCAACAUUAUAUUA